AUGGACAUCAAGUUCUGCAAAACCAACCUCCUUAUUGAUCACAAGGAAGUGGAUGAGAAAUACCAAUUCAAGUUCACACACCCCACAGCUGGCCCUUCCAAGCUGGUUCUGCCCAACCCUGAACUCACCACAGCCCGAGCCCAAGUGAAUGAGGAUUUGGGUGAGCCUGAUUGCUACUACUUUGAGGAGUAUGAGGCUCCAAGGAUGAACCCCUCUGUUGUGGCUGCUCACAAGAGGAUUGGACUUCUCCAAAAGUUCAACAAGUGGCAAGGGAAGGCCAUGAGAAAAUGCAAAAGUCCAUGGACAAAAUGGAGACAACACGCAGAGAGGAGGAAGAGUUCCAGAGCCCGACGCUCCAACUCGACCACUGGACUCGAUCGAGUCCAAACAGAGGAAACUCAACUCGGUCGAGCUGAUGGUCGAGUUGACCUGGAGGAGCCAUUAUUCAGAACCUGGAUUCGAUACGAUCCAGGACCUACCAGGACUAUCCCAGAGCCGAUGGAACCCAUACGGUCAGUUCGAGCUAGCCAAGCUCCACCAAGGCCAAGGAGCCACACACGCUUCGAGGAAGAAGAAGAGAACCGCAAGCUCGAUCGAGCUGCAUGGACAUGGUCGAAUGGAGUGCUCCUGAUGGCCGCUUGCCCUCUCCAGACCACGACCUUGCCUCCCAGUUCUUUGGGGGGCACUGAGGCUAAGUUUGGGGGUGCCAACUCGAGCUCGAUCGAGUUGGGUGUCAAAACCAGAAAAGUGCAUCCAUUAGCAUCAUAUCUUGUUCCUUUUCCCUUCUUAUGCAUGUUUGGUUGCCUUUGGAGCACUUUGGAGCAUUUGGGACAUGAGGAGCAAGGAAGGACUUGGCGCAUGGACGCAGCUCAACUGGAUGCAAAGGAAGAAGGAGGAAGUCAUCUUGAAGACCAGCUCGACCAUCUACUCGACCAUCCGGUCGAGUUCCUCAACUCGACCGGCCAAGCUUCAACUCGAUCGAGCUGA